GGGUGCUGUAGGUUAAUGCUGGGGGUGUCUGCCCUCCCCAGGUACAGCCUGUACACCCGCACGCGGCUGGGCUACCUCUUCUAUCAGCGGCAGCUGAGGAAGGCCCGGGAGCGGUACCCACACGGCCACUCCGUGUCCCAGCCAUGCUGCUUCCCCGGGGUGAAAAUUCUGCCUAUUCCCGUGCUUUCCAACAACUACAGCUACCUGGUCAUUGACACCAGCUCUGGCCAUGCGGCUGCCAUCGACCCCUCUGACCCGCUGGCUGUGCAGGCUGCCAUUGAAAAAGAGGGGGUGAUGCUGGAGGCCAUAUUCUGCACCCACAAACACUGGGACCACAGCGGGGGGAACGCAGAGCUCUGCCAGCAGCACAGCUCCUGCAAGGUGUACGGCAACGCCCUUGAUUCCAUCCCAGACCUCACCAACCCACUUACAGACAGGGAGAAGGUGAGCGUGGGCUGCCUGACCUUCCAGGCGCUUGCCACGCCUGGCCACACUGUGGGCCACAUGGUGUACGUGCUGGACGGGGAGCCCUUUGGUGGCCCCCCCUGCCUCUUCUCCGGGGACCUCCUCUUUCUCUCUGGCUGUGGCAGGCUGUUUGAGGGCUCUGCUGAGACCAUGCUCGCCUCCCUGGACUUGGCCAUGGGCUUGGGCGAGGACACACUGCUGUGGCCAGGCCACGAGUAUGCACUGGAGUGCCUGACCUUUGCCAGCCUCCUGGAGCUGGACAACCCUGCGCUGGACCAGAAGUGGCAGUGGGUGAUGCAGCAGCGCCAGGAGAAGAGGAUCACGUGCCCCUCCACGCUGGGGGAGGAGCAGACCUACAACCCCUUCCUGCGGACCCAUCGGCCAGAGCUGCACGCAGCGCUGGGGCUGCGGCAAGGCGCAGGGGAGCACCCCAAUGCCUUCCGUGCCCGCGUCCUCAAGGAGGUGCGGCGGCGCAAGGACCUCUACAAAGCCCCCUAAUCACCGCCUGCCUGGGUCCCCUUUCCAUGGGCUGGGUGCUGCUCUGGCACAGGGAGCCCGGGCCCAUGUGGUUUGUUUUGCUGUGAA